AUGACAGGAAAAGUCGAUUCGUACCUUCUCACGGUAAACAUAUUAGAAGGCAGGCACUACACGUGGGACAAUAUGGAUUCCGCGGUUACGGUCGCUCUCGACCAAAUGAAAAAGUGCACGAAAAUAAAAAGAGGCACGGAUUCGCCAUUUUACAAUGAGUACUUCGUAUUCGAACUGAGCUGCACUUACGAACAACUAGCGGAUAAAGUUUUAACCAUCGCGGUGGUCCAACCGGCGACGUUUUGCAGGAAACGGAAACUCCUUGGAACCACCAAGCUGGACGUUUUUACCAUCGUCUCGCAACCAAAUGCCCAAUUUUAUCACAAGUGGGCGGUACUGGUGAAUCCGAAAGCUGACGUUUAUGGCGGACCCACGGGCUACCUCAAGGUUGACAUCGCGGUCCUAUCCAAAGGACAAUCACCAACGUUGCCCGUUAACGUUGUUAACGACGAAAUAGAAGGAAACCUUUUGUGCCCCGACGGUUUCGCCAGCGACCGACAGAACGCUCGGUAUAUCUUCGACGUUUACGAAUGCGAAAACUUGACAGUUCCUUCAGAACGAGUCGGAACAAAACACGGGAGUCGAUGCUCCGCGAAAAUCAAAAUUACUUUGGCCGGAUCGACCGUUAGUACCACGAGAAAGGAAUCUACAUCACCGUCAUUUAACGAACGCCUCAUCAUUACCGACUUGUUUCCCCCGUUAUCCCAACGGGUAAAAAUCGAACUCUUCUGCACGGUAGACAGGAAAACAGCGGUCUUCUCGCACUACCUCGAUUUGAAAUCGAUCUCCAACCAUCAAGUGGAGGGAUUUCUACCGACUUUCGGUCCAAACUACGUCUACAUGUACGCCGAAAGAAAUCACGUGGAACAGUACGGCGGUUCCGUUUUGAUGUCGAUGAGGGUUCAGUUCGUUGACAGCCUGAUACAUACCAGUGCCACGCGUACCAUCAACGUCCAACCAGUGACGCCAGCGUUGAAGGAAAAAAUGUUUCAUUUCGAGGACACGUACUUGUUCGCCACAAUAUUCGAAGUGAACAGCAUCGCGAGAAAGUACGAAGACAAGUCCAUAUCGUUGACCGUCGCAUUUGGAAGCCAUUGGGCUUCGACCGCCGGAAGAAAACUAAAGAAAACGAACCGGGGGUCGAGUUUCAUGGACUACGGGAGUCGCAAGCCUUGCAUGACAUUAGUCUCGCGUUGGCCGGAUUUCAGGAAAAGGAUGUUCAAUUCGAACAUGUUGGACAAGAUGUCGCAGUAUCUCACAAACAGUUUGGAAAGUUUGGAACCUCUCUUCAGCCAAGCCAAACCAGCUCCCAAGGAAUUGCACGACAGUUUGAAAGAUAUAAUGAAUUACUUGUCUACAGCGGGCAAAAAGUACGUCGAAAUUUUGGAGAAUUCGUACGGCUUCAAGUACGGCUCAGAUUUAGAUAGGAAUCGGCUGUCCACUUGCUUAAACGCAAUGACUCGAAUCUGCCAGAAAAUUGAUUUGUUGUCCGGCAACAAGUCGAAAAGGUUCAUCUACAGAACUCUGCUAAAGAUAGAAAAGAAAAUCGAAUUCCUUAUCAAAGACGCCCAGUCAUGCUGGCCGGACGUGUUCUUGUACUUCUGUUGCAACGGCAAGAAAGUGGCUCACCUUAGGAUACCCGUGAGACGAUUAGUGUACUCGAAAAUAGCCGAAGAAAAAGGCGAAUCCUGCGGAAAAGUGGAAACGGCAGUCUAUUCGUUAAAGGGCAGACAGGACAUCAUUUGUAAGAUGGAAUAUAUGAUUUGGCUGGGAUUAUGGCGGCAAGAGCAACACUGCUUCGAAUCGCUACCCGAUGGUUUUAAAAUGGACGACGAUCACUUAGUCGCUCAGGAAAUUCGCUCCUUUGCAGCUUACGCGUACAUAUCGGAGGGCAAAAUCCAACCUGGAUUCGAUUUAAGUGGUUUAGUCGACGCUUAUGUCGAACUCACCAUCGCUCAUCUGGUUAAAGAAACAAUGGUCAAAAGGCAAGAACUUGCUCCAGUUUGGGACCAAACCAUCGCUCUCCAGAACAUUUGUAGUUAUGGCUCGCGUUCUUUUAUCACGGCCAAUCCUCCGACGCUGCUAGUACGCAUGUACGACGUAGAUCGAAUGCACCAUAGGGAUUUCAUCGGCUUCACUAUCGUGAAACCGACGGUAAAGUUUCUGGACGGGAAUGACGACCAACCCCAGACUACGUUGAAAUGGUACCGUUUGCUGCAUAACGACCAAUGUUUCGCAACCAUUUUGGCGGCUUUCGAUCUCAUCGAGAUAAGAACGGCAGUCAAAGAUGGCGCCGAUGAUCAGAUCGUACCUAUACCAGUUGAAAUAAAACCGAUCGCGGUACCCUACAAAAUCGAAAUAAUUUUUUGGGGUCUGAGGAACUUGAAGAAGGUUAACUUGAUGAGGGUAAAUAGACCGAGGGUGACCUUCUUUUGCGCGAACACUUACGCACAUUCUGACUUCAUCGAAAACGCGAAGAGGAAUUCCAAUUUCCCGAACUAUGCGCGAAGUUUGUCUGUGACCAUGGCGGAACAAAGACAAUAUUCCGAAUCCUUUCAACUGAAACUGUUCGACAGCAGGAAAUUCGGAAUAUACGUAUACGCGGGAGUUACGAUCUGCGACACUUUCCAGUUUUUGUUCUCUCCUCUCACCAGGGAUGAACGAGAGCAACGUUUGAAGAUUACGCAAGCAUCUGCCAGUGGAACCAUAUUCUUUGGAAGUUCCGAAACCCUCGUCACUUGUAAAAGUUGGGACGAGAAUUUAACUUUGCCCGAAGAACAACCUCAAUCCGGGAGUAAACUACGCGAAAAAUUUCAUAGUAUAAUACGCUAUCUGUGCAGGCGGAAAUUGAAAAUCGGCGAUAAUGUGCGCAGAAGCACUUAUCGGAGCGACGGUACUUAUUCGUCGUUGCCCAGUGACGUAGAUGAUGAAUUUGACGAAGAUUUCGACUGGUGGACGAAAUUUUAUGCCUCACUGGAGGACGGCGCCAGUUUAUCAACAUCAACAUCCCGGAUUAACACACUAAAGGUAUACAAAAACGAGCUUGAACUCCAGCCGGAAUUCCAAGGCUUUUCGGAUAUGCUGACUACAUUUCGAAUAGCGAAAGGGCGACGAACUGGCAUGGAAUUUCUAAACGAGGAAAAUACAACGGCUCUCUUCAAAGGAGCAAUAAAGAUCUAUCGCUGGCCGCCCCCUGCUGGUGACGAAAACGACUACGUAUGCCCGAGAGGUACUUCCGUCAAAGAUGGAGUACUGAAAGAUUUCCCAGAGAAUACCCCGUUGCCUUUCCUGUUAAGAGUUUAUUGCGUUCGCGCUAUUGGUUUGCGACCAAAAGACCUUAGCGGAAAAUCCGAUCCUUAUCUGUAUUUGACGGUAGGAAACAAAACAAUCGACGACCGCGAACAUUGUAUGGCUGGCCAACUGGAUCCGGUUUUCGGAAGGACUUUCGAGCUACAAGCUGUCUUUCCGUUGGACCACACCCUGACGAUUUCCGUUUGGGACCGCGACGUAGGCAAAUACGACGAACUUAUAGGCGAGACCAAAAUCGACUUGGAGGCCCGAUACUACACAAAGUUCAGAGCGUCCUGCGCCAUAUCCGAAGCUUACCAUGAGCGCGGAUAUUGUGCCUGGAGAGACCAAGAGAAACCCACCGAGAUUCUGCAAGCGCUCUGCAGAAGAUGGGGCCUGGAAACUCCCGAAUACCAACGGAAUUCUGUUCGCGUGGGUAGCGUGAAUUUUAUCCCAACAAAUUUUUUAGGUAUUGAAGAUUCAGAAAUUGGCAGAGAAAUCCUAGCUCUGGAUGCGCUGAGGCAUUGGCAAGACGUACCCUUGGUCGGCUUCAAAUUGGUGCCGGAACACGUCGAAACCAGGUCUUUAUUCACACCUAACAAACCCGGCAUCGAACAGGGCAAGCUUCAGCUUUGGAUCGACAUUUUCCCUCGAAGGGAUUACCCGCCCCCGUCGAAGGUGAACAUAUCGCCCAGGAAACCAGUGGCUUACGAACUGAGGGUCAUCAUCUGGAACGUAGAAGAUGUCAUCUUGGAUGACGACGAAUUCCUAACCGGCGAGAAAAAAUCGGAUAUUUAUGUCCAGGGUUGGCUAGACGACGCCGAAAAUAGUCAAUACACGGACGUCCAUUACCGAUCUCUCACUGGCGAAGGCAACUUCAAUUGGAGAUUCGUCUUCCCGUUCCAUUUUAUAGCUAGCGAAAACCGAAUGGUGAUUUUCAAAAAAGACUCCAUGUUCGACAGAUACGGUUACGAAGUGAAAAUUCCGUGCAAAUUAAACUUGACGGUUUGGGACAACGACACGUUCACCAAAGACGAUUUUUUAGGCUCGCUGACUUUGGAACUGUCCAACAUGCCUCGGGGCACCAGGUCGGCCAAGCAGUGCGGCCAUUCGAUUAUGGGCUCCGACGCGAAAAGGAUGAACCUUUUCAAAGUCAGGAGAACGAAAGGAUGGUGGCCUUUCUUGUCCGGUCACAGCGAAAACGCACGAACAAAACUCACGGUACUAGUUCCCACUAAUUCGGAAAAAAAUAUGCCGUUGCUGGACGCGCCAUGUGACAGAGGGAAAUUAGAAGCUGAACUUGAAAUACUCACGAAAGAAGAGUCUCAAGAUUCACCGGCUGGUGUAGGCAGGCAAGGGCCCCAGGCUUUAAAUCCACCAAGAAGGCCCAACACUUCUUUCGCGUGGUUCAAAAACCCGCUGAAAUCGCUCAAAUACGUGGUUUGCAAGACUUACGGCUGCACCCUGGUGAAAUACUCCUUGGUGAUCCUGGUGAUAUUUUUUAUCGGCGCUGCGGUGUACUCCGUCCCAGGUUACUCUGUGAAAAAACUGUUGGGAGCUUGA